GGAGCUGUCAGUCAGUCAGUCACUUGGGCCCCGUUGACAUUGACACACGGCAGUAAAUAGACGGACGGAGAAAUGCAGCUGAAUUGGAAGCUGGCCUUGGCCUUCCUAGCGGUGCUUCGCCUGCAACUCGCGCAGGGAUCGGAACUUAACUGGGAUGCGGCUUCGGGUCCCGAAAUGGGACUCCAAAUGGCAGUCCACCUGGCGCCCAGCACACCCAAAGAUGUCCAGGAAACUGCCGCCAUGGCGGUAAUCAGUAGAGUAAUCGGCGAAAGAUCUUCUCAAUUGUUUAAUGUGCAAGUCAAUAAGAAUAUGGAUUUACGAAGCUUUCAGAUUAGCAUGUUGGAUGAUGGCCGGAUUCUGCUGAUGGGAUGGGAUGGUGUUUCCGUGUGCAAGGCCCUCCAUCACUACCUCAAAUACGUUUUAGGCAAGGACGUGGAUUGGUUCAAGAUGCGCAUUGAGUUGCCCACCAAUUUGCAGCUGCCCAAUGUGACCAUCGAGUCCAAGUCAGCGAGCCCGAUUAUCUAUCACCAGAACGUGUGCACUUGGAGCUACAGCUUUGCAUGGUGGGGCAUUGAGCAGUGGCGUCGUCACCUGGACUGGAUGGCCCUGAUGGGCAUCAGUCUGACUAUUGCGCCGGUCCAGGAAGCCAUUUGGGUGGAGGUGUACACGGAUAUGGGCCUCAGGAUGGAGGAAAUCGACGAGCAUCUGGCUGGACCAGCUUUUCAGGCAUGGCAGCGCAUGGGCAACAUACGGGGCUGGGCGGGACCACUGACAGCGGGAUGGCGACGAUAUCAAUUGCUCCUCCAGCAGGAGAUUAUCACUGCCCAGCGCAAUCUGGGCAUGAGUGUGGCCUUGCCCGCCUUUGCUGGUCAUGUGCCACGUGCUCUGAAGCGCCUGCAUCCCGAAUCGACGUUCAUGGAAGUGCAGCGAUGGAACCAAUUCCCCGAUAGAUAUUGCUGCGGUUUAUUUGUGGAACCCACGGAGAAUCUUUUCAAGGAGAUAGCCUCGCGUUUCUUGCAGAACAUCAUUACGAAAUAUGGUUCGAAUCACAUCUUCUUCUGCGAUCCCUUCAACGAACUGGAGCCACCGGUGGCCAAGCCGGAAUACAUGCGUUCAACGGCGGCGGCGAUUUAUGAAUCUAUGCGCGGCAUUGAUCCCGAGGCCAUUUGGCUGCUUCAAGGCUGGAUGUUCGUGAAGAAUCCCUUUUGGACCACGGACAUGGCUGAGGCUUUCCUCACGGCCGCACCACGUGGUCGCAUUUUGGUGCUCGAUCUGCAGAGCGAACAGUUUCCGCAGUACGAACUUACACGUUCCUAUUUUGGACAGCCCUUCAUAUGGUGCAUGCUACACAAUUUCGGGGGCACACUUGGAAUGUUUGGAUCAGCGAAGCUGAUCAAUUCCGGAAUAGAAGAGGCGCGUCGCUUGCCCAACAGCAGUUUGGUCGGCACAGGAAUCACACCCGAGGGCAUUGGCCAGAACUAUGUGAUGUAUUCGUUCACCUUGGAGCGCGGCUGGAGUAAUACAUCUCUGGAUCUGGAUGGCUGGUUUACGAACUUCUCACACACCCGGUAUGGCGUUAAGGAUGAGCGCUUGGAGCAGGCGUGGCUGCUCCUAAAGAAUAGCGUCUAUUCCUUUCGUGGUCUGCAGAAAAUGCGGGGACAGUAUGUGGUGACACGGAGGCCGUCCUUCAACCAAGAACCCUUCACUUGGUACAAUGCAAGUGCGGUGCUGGAUGCCUGGCACUUGUUGCUGACCUCCAGAGCCAUCAUUCCGCUAGAGGAUGACAGAUACGAGAUGUACGAACACGAUUUGGUGGACAUAACCAGGCAAUUCCUGCAGAUCAGCGCCGAUCAGUUGUAUGUCAAUCUAAGGUCGGCCUAUAGGAAGCGACAGGUUGCGCGUUUCGAAUUCCUUAGCGUCAAGCUGUUGAAACUGUUCGAUGACAUGGAGCUGAUCCUGGCGAGCAGCAGGAACUUUCUGCUCGGCAACUGGCUGCAGCAGGCAAAGCAAGCGGCGCCCAACACUGGGGAACAAAGAAACUUCGAAUUCAAUGCGAGAAACCAAAUCACCGCCUGGGGUCCUGAUGGUCAGAUCCUGGACUAUGCGUGCAAGCAGUGGUCCGGCUUGGUGAGCAACUACUAUAGGCCACGGUGGAGGCUCUUCCUGGAAGAUGUGACAGUGGCUCUCCAUGCUGGACGACCCUAUAAUGGCACCGCUUUCAAGCUGAAAGUUUCGCAGGAAAUCGAGCUGCCUUUUAGCAACAAAAUUGACGUUUAUCCUGUGACGCCAGUGGGCAACACCUGGCUGAUUUCCCAGGACAUUUUCGAAACCUGGAAGAGCUACUCAAAGGACACGCUCUUUCUACACAACAACAGAUUACUAGUGCCUCGAAAAUCAGGUCCUAAAUAAAGUAUAGUCCUAUAGUUAAAUACAACUGCCACACCAAACAUUUUAUAAACUUUUCUGUAAAAUUGACUUUAAAUAAUCGAAAUAAAAAUCUUUUGACACUA